UCACCGGGCUGGUCCAAUCAGCGCCGCCCCCGCCCCCUAAGCCCCGCCCCCCGAACUCAAACAGCAUCAGAUCCAGAACCGCGUCUUUCCUCCAGCAGGUAAAACUUUACAGGACCAGGACCAGGACCAGGACCAGGAACAGGACUAGAACCAGAGCCAGAACCAGGACCGACAGAGACAUGAGCCAGCCGGAGCCCGUGGACAGCCCAGUGCUGUCGGAGGAGGUGGAGGACCAGGAGGACCAGGAGGACCAGGAGGAGUCCAGGGGGGACUCCAGUCCCGGGAAAAAGUCUGCGGUGGGGGACGUGCUUGAGGGGAAACGGGCCAAGAAGACGGUGGAGAGACUGGACUUCCAGGCCCCGAAGCAGAAAGAGAAGCUGAAGAUCGGAGACGGCCGCGGGGCUAAGCUCGGCGACAUCCCCCGCUCCAACCACCAGAUCACCAGGAUGAAGCCGGCCGACCUGAAGCCGCUGCACGCUAUCCUGUUUGACCGGCCGGGGAAGAUGGCGUCCAUCAAGAAGAACCUCCGUCUCUUUAACGGCUUCAACUUCCUGGAGGAAAGUCAGCAGUUCCAGAGGAAGAGAGACAAGCUGCUGAAGAGCUUCACCAACUCCAGGCUGAAGGAGGUCUGCUCGGUUCUGGACCUGGAGAAGAAAGGAACCCACUCAGACCUGGUGGACCGGAUCCUGACCUUCCUGGUGCUGCCCCGGAGCUCUGGCAAGCGUCUCCCCGUGAAGAAGAGGAGGAAGUCCAAGAAGAAGCUGUCGGGGGACGACUCCAAGAAGAAGAAGAGCAGCAGGAAGACUUCGUCCUCGUCCUCGUCACCCAAGAAGUCCAAGUCCAAGGCCAUCGUCAUGGAAACCAGCAGCGACGACGAAGAGGAGGAAGAGGAGAAGAAGACUGAGGGAUCGGACGGAGAAAAGGAGGAAGAGGAGGAGAGGGAGGAGGAGGAGCAGCGCUCCGACCAGUCAGAGGAGGAGGAAGAAGAGGAAGACGAGUCCUCCAAGUCCAAGAAGAAGACGACGAAGUUGCCGCCAAAGAGGCAGCGGACACCAGCGAAGAAGAGUGAAGCUCCCAAGAAGAAGAAGAGAGGAAGGAAGGAGGAAUCGGAGGAGGAGGAGGAGGAGGAGCACUCCGACCAAUCAGAGGAAGAGGAGGAGGAAGAGGAAGACGAGUCCAAGAAGAAGACGACGAAGGCGCCGCCCAAGAGGCAGCGGACACCAGCGAAGAAGAGUGAAGCUCCCAAGAAGAAGAAGAGAGGGAGGAAGGAGGAAUCAGAGGAGGACUCUGAUUCUGAGGAGAAGCCCCAGAAGAAGAAAUCAGCUCCAGUUAAAGUCACUGCUAAAACCAAGAAGGCCGACAGCAGCAGCAGCAGAACCCGAGUUACCGCAGACUCCAGCUCUGACGAGGACGAGCCGCUGAUCAAGAUGGUGAAACGUUCCCCGACAGACGAUCAGCUGAAGGAAACGGUGCAGGAUCUGCUGAAGGAGGCGGAUCUGGAGGAGAUGACCAUGAAGAGGAUCCUGUCCAAGGUGUUCGACACGUUUCCAGAACACGACCUGACGAGCAGGAAGGAUUUCAUCAAACAGACCGUCAAAUCUCUGAUCACAUGAAGGUGCUGCAGAACCAGAACCUCCUCCAGAACCAGAACUUCCUCCAGAACCAGAACUUCCUGUCCCAUGUUCUUCAUGAUGUUUGUUUUUAAGUUUUUUAUAGUUUGAUUCAGAUGUUUUUAUUCUGAGUCUGAAUGUUGGAGAUUCAUGAAGAACCGGAGUCUGAGGAUCAUCUGCAUCGGGAAGAUCCUGGUCCAGGUCCUGGUUCUGGACCAGGAUCUGGAUCCACAAGGACCAAGUUCUGGUUCAGUUCCAGCAGCUGAAUCUUUUCUCAUCAGAACUUCUAGAAACUUGUGGACUCUGUUCAUUUUUUCUUUCUUGUUCUUUUACUUUUUCAUUAAAAUGUAUAAUUUGUUUCAAA